AUGGCGGGCAUCGCGGCCAAGCUGGCGAAGGACCGGGAGGCGGCCGAGGGGCUGGGCUCGCACGAGAGGGCGGUCAAGUACCUCAACCAGGACUACGAGGCGCUGCGGGACGAGUGCCUGGAGGCCGGGGCGCUGUUCCAGGACCCCUCCUUCCCGGCCCUGCCGUCCUCCCUGGGCUUCAAGGAUUUGGGACCCUACUCCAGCAAGACCCGGGGCAUCGAGUGGAAGCGGCCCACGGAGAUUUGCGAUGAUCCCCAAUUUAUUACUGGAGGAGCCACUCGCACAGACAUCUGCCAAGGAGCCCUAGGUGACUGCUGGCUGCUGGCCGCCAUUGCCUCCCUCACUUUGAAUGAAGAAAUCCUGGCUCGAGUCGUCCCCCUGGACCAGAGCUUCCAGGAAAACUAUGCGGGGAUCUUCCACUUCCAGUUCUGGCAGUACGGCGAGUGGGUGGAGGUGGUGGUGGACGACAGGCUGCCCACCAAGGACGGGGAGCUGCUCUUCGUGCACUCGGCAGAGUGCAGCGAGUUCUGGAGUGCGCUGCUGGAGAAGGCCUACGCCAAGAUCAACGGGUGUUAUGAAGCGCUUUCCGGGGGUGCCACCAGCGAGGGCUUCGAGGACUUCACUGGAGGCAUUACCGAGUGUUAUGAGUUGAGGAAGGCCCCUCCCAACCUGUUCAGGAUCAUCCAGAAGGCUCUGGAGAAAGGCUCUCUCCUGGGCUGCUCCAUCGAUAUCACCAGCGCUGCGGACUCGGAGGCCGUCACGUUCCAGAAGCUGGUGAAGGGGCACGCGUACUCGGUGACCGGCGCCGAGGAGGUGGAAAGCAGAGGAAGCCUGCAGAAGCUGAUCCGCAUCCGGAAUCCCUGGGGAGAGGUGGAGUGGACCGGGAAGUGGAGCGACAACUGCCCAAACUGGAACACGAUCGACCCGGAGGUGAGGGAAACGCUGACCAGACGGCAUGAGGAUGGGGAAUUCUGGAUGUCUUUCAGCGACUUCCUGAGACACUAUUCCCGCCUGGAAAUCUGCAACCUAACCCCUGACACACUCACCUGUGACACCUAUAAGAGGUGGAAACUCACCAAGAUGGAUGGGAACUGGAGGCGGGGCUCCACUGCGGGCGGCUGCAGGAACUACCCGAACACUUUCUGGAUGAACCCUCAGUACCUGAUCAAGCUAGAGGAAGAGGACGAGGACCAGGAGGACGGGGAGAGCGGCUGCACCUUCCUGGUGGGUCUCAUCCAGAAGCACCGGCGGCGGCAGAGGAAGAUGGGCGAGGACAUGCACACCAUUGGCUUCGGCAUUUACGAGGUUCCAGAGGAGUUGACUGGACAGACCAACAUCCACCUCGGCAAAAACUUCUUCCUGACAACCAGGGCGCGGGAGCGGUCGGACACCUUCAUCAACAUGCGGGAGGUGCUCAACCGCUUCAAGCUGCCCCCCGGGGAGUACAUCGUGGUGCCCUCCACCUUCGAGCCCAACAAGGACGGUGACUUCUGCCUCCGGGUCUUUUCCGAGAAGAAAGCCGACUACCAAGUUGUGGAUGAUGAAAUCGAGGCCAACCUUGACGAGAUUGACAUCAGCGAGGACGACAUCGAUGAUGGAUUCAGGAGACUGUUUGCCCAGCUGGCUGGAGAAGAUGCAGAGAUUUCUGCCUUUGAGUUGCAGACAAUCCUGAGACGAGUGCUAGCAAAGCGCCAAGAUAUCAAGUCUGACGGCUUCAGCAUCGAGACUUGCAAAAUCAUGGUGGACAUGCUCGACUCGGAUGGGAGUGGCAAACUGGGACUGAAGGAGUUCUACAUUCUCUGGACGAAGAUUCAGAAAUACCAGAAAAUUUACCGGGAAAUCGAUGUGGACCGGUCUGGAACCAUGAACUCCUAUGAGAUGCGGAAAGCAUUAGAAGAAGCAGGUUUCAAGAUGCCCUGUCAGCUCCACCAAGUGAUCACCGCCCGGUUUGCAGAUGACGAGCUCAUCAUCGAUUUUGACAAUUUCGUCCGGUGUUUGAUUCGACUGGAGACACUAUUCAGGGUAUUUAAGCAGCUGGACCCCGAGAAUACUGGAAUGAUCCAGCUCGACCUUAUCUCUUGGCUGUGUUUUUCAGUACUUUGA